AUGACAGCCCGGCCAGCACCACCCCGUGGGCGGGGGAGACCCGCGCCGGCAGCACCGCCCCGCGCCCGCGGCGGUUCCGGGGCAGUUCGCGGCCGUGUGUGCACGGCACCCCUGCGCGCGGUGGUUGGCGCCGUUGCCGUGGAAGUGCGGUCGGCGCCCGAGGCGGGCCCGGGCCGUGAGGAGCUGGUCAGGGGCCUGAGCGCGGUCAGCCAAUAUGAGCUGGAAGAAGAGCUGGAUGACGGUGGCAAGAUGGAAAACAAGGACACUUCUGAAGAUGUUGGAGACCAGUCUGAUUCUAGAACGCAAAGCUCAGAACACUCUUUGGCCAAUAUUGGUAACAUUAGGCCUCUAAAGUGUGCAGACAGAAUUCUCAUAACAGCCUUACAGAGAAACCUCCAAUUGCUCGAUGACAUGGUCAAGGCAAAGGAACUGGCAGUCCAAAAAAACAGUGACAUGCUGAGUGCCUGUCGGCUGCAGAGCAAGAUGCUGGCAAAGCAGCUGGAUCAUGUAGACAUGGAAAUAGAGAGAGUGGAGGAGGCUGGCAAUGUUGCAGCUGUGUCCCGCCUGCAGGCCAUGAGCAGCCGAUUGUUCACUGAACUGGAGAGAGAGAAGGAGCUGGAGCCGAGACUUGCUCUGAUAUUAAAACAAAACUUGGUUGAGCUGUGGCAGAUAGAAACUGAGCAGGGAAAAUACGACAUCUUCUGUGAACAACUUCAAAAAGACGAGGAGGAGCUACAGAUGCAAUACCAGGAGGAGAGAGAGGUGAAGAUUUGGAAGGAAAAAAUAACAGCCCUGCAAGCAGAAGGAACACAUCAGACUCGAGAGAAAAGAGAGGAGGAAGCCUGGAGAGAAUGUGAAGAAAGAAAUAAAAAACUUCUCAAGAAUGCCAAAAGGAACCAUGAGAAAGCAGUCUGCUUCCUGAGGCAAAGCAUGGCAAGAAUUUGUGAAAAAAAUGCAAAGGAAGAAGUGAAAGCUCAGGAGCAUAUGGAGAAAAGGAUACAAGCUGUGCUUUCCCUGAAAACCAGCAUCACUUCCAACAGGGAAAGGCUCCAAAGUCUCCAGAUUUUGAACAAAGCAAAGGCCUUGGAAGCAAAGAAGGAGGAGAUGAAAAUGAGGGAGGCCAUCCUAGCAGAAGGAGGCAAUGUUAUCAGGGAAAUUUUUCUCCAUAAACAACAGCAAGAACAUGAAAAAAAGAAAGAAGCUUUUAGAGAACUGCAGAAGUCAAGAAAAAUGGAGAUUGUGUCUCAAAUUUUGCAAGAAAGAGCUUCUAUUCACAAGCAGAGAAAAAGUCGGUCCCCUACUAAGGCAAUUAAAGCUCAUGGUAAACUUGAGGAUCCUUUCCUGCAGAGGGGGGAAGCCUGGCAAAGUGAGGAGACCUGCAAACAUGCAGAUGGGGAAAUAUCACAGUUGUGGCACUCUCCAUCAGUUUGUUCCUUGGCUGGGGAGGAGACUGCUCCCCAAGGAGAGAGUUCUGAGAACAGACCCCAGGAUGUGCUCUGGGAAAGUGGAGAUGAGGACAGAGAGAGGGACAAGACGCUCCUGGUACCAGAGUUCCCAGGACUUUGGAGUCAGGAAUAUGACUUGCAUGAGGUGCCCAAUGCAGAAGAUCCAAGACAGUUGGCUGUAAGGGCAAUGAGGAAACAAAUAGCUGAGAAAAAAAUGGAGAAACUGCAAACUGGAAUUCUUCAUAAGCAAACUGUGCCUGGCCAGGAUCAUAAGAGCUGUGCUUUCCACAGCAAACCCAGCUGCAUUCAUUUCAAGGAUUUUGAUGUUGGUCAAAUCUACAAAAAGAAGAUAGUUUUGACAAAUGCAUCCUACAGUGUUAAUUACUGCAGGCUGGUGGGAAUCAGUGAAUGCCUCAAGGACUUCAUCAGUGUUCAUUUUGACCCACCUGGCAAAAUGUCUUCUGGGAUGUCCUGUGAAUUCCUAGUAACAUUUAAGCCAAUGAUAAAUGAAGGACUGGAAGGAGCAGUCAUGUUUAUGGCCCAGACAGGUUCUUUUUCUGUUCCACUGAAAUGUACAGUCAAGACCUGCAUUCUGGCUCUGGAUAAAGAGCUCAUUGACUUUGGCAGCCUUGUGGUGGGAGAGACAAUUUCACGGACCAUCAGCCUGACAAACAACGGGGCUUUGGGAACCAGAUUCAAAGUUCAGACGUCAGCAGGUGCUACAAAACAACUUGGUCAAGGAGAAUUAAAUACCAGAUCAGAUCUGGACACAGAUAAUGCAGAUAAUUUAUUGGAGUUUUUUCCUGAAGAAAUACCAAUUGAAAUUAUGCUUGGAAAGGUGACUGAGGGUGAGAUUGGACCCUUCAGCUUAGUGAAAAUCCCAGUCCUGUUUGUCCCAGCUGUCCCUGGGGAUGUGAGGGCAGAGUUUGUGAUCGUGUUUGACAACCCAAACUGCAAACCACUGAGCUUCAGUGCCAUUGGAGUUUCUGUAGAUGUGCCCAUCUGGGUGCCCCAGCCCAACGUGGACCUCAGAAUCUGCCUGUAUGAGCGGCUGUACCAGGACAGCGUUGAGGUGUGUAGCAGAACAACAACCAAGCUGCGUUUGAAGUUUGAGGUGUGCGGAGAAUUGAGCAAACACAUGGAACUGCUUCCAAAAACAGGCUACAUCCAGGCUCAGUCAUCCUUCAGUGCACAGCUCAAGUUCCUGCCCAGGAAGUCUCUUCCUGAAGAUGCAGGGAGGUAUUUCAAUGCAGAAACAGGAAUCCUGGAGGUUCCAGUGACAAUCCUCAUCAUGGACAAGGCUAAAAAAGUUAAUUUUACUGUGCAUGCCAUUGUUACUACUUCUGAUUUGGAAAUCAGCCCAGAACAGAUCAACUUUGGAUACUGCACGAUCUACGAAGCUGUGCAAGCAAACAUCAUCCUAACAAACAAAUCCAUCUUGCCACAGGAGUUUGGAUUUGUGGGACUGCCAGAGUUUGUUGAAGUUCAGCCCAACAAUGGAUUUGGAAUUAUUCUUCCCCUGGAAAGCCUGACAUUUGACAUAAUCUUUAAAGCCACCAAGGCAAAAGAGUACAGCUUUGAGCUCUCCUGCAGGACAGACAUCAACAGACAAUUCAAGCUGUCAUGCAAAGCAGUUGGAGUCCACCCACCUCUUGAAUUGUCUCAUUCCUUGGUUCAGUUUGCUGCUACAGUCCUGAACUCUGAGUCUUCAGCCACCCUGGAUGUGCUUAAUUCCCACGUGGACAGGCACCCUCUCACUCACCCUGUCCCACGGAUUGGCAGUGGGAACCCUGUCCCAGUUGGCCCCACUUGCUUUGAAUUCCAUGUGCCCCAAGACUGUCCUGUGACCAUUACACCUUCUGUGGGAACUGUGCUGCCUGGGCAGAAAAGCUCCAUCCAAGUAUCCUUCAGCCCGGUGCUGUCAGAUCAGCAAAUCAGGGAGGAGGCAGCGUGGAGGCUCAGCACAGCAGCUGUGCCAGAGGCAGGAGCACAAAUUUCCAGAAGUCUCCCUCAGUCUCUGAUGGGCAAAAAGAGGAAAGAUUCAAAGAAAGAGCAAAAAAAAUCAAGCGUUUCCAUUCCCAGAGGAAAGGCUGGAAGCAGGAAAUGCCUGGCUGCUGUAAAUAGCCCUAAAGAGCCGGAACCUGAAGAGUUAAAGCCCAAUUCUGAUGCUUAUAGAGCAGCCCAGUCUUCCCUGACAAAGAGUUUCAGAGGGAGUUUUAACAAAUACAUCAUCCCAUGCUCUGUUGCAAGUGGCCACGCCACUGGAGAGGAGGGCCCUGGGAACUUAACCUGCAGCCCUCACAACACCUUGUACCUGGAGCUGCACUGCCCUGCUGUACCCCCACCUGUUCUGAUCACUUCCGACUCCGGGAUCAAUGCAGCCAACUUUGGGGACGUUUCUGUAGGCCACAGAAUGAUGAAAAGAAUUACAAUAGAAAACAUCUCCCCAUGGAAGCUGGAACUGGGAUUCUCAGUUCUGAAUCCCAGUGGCCCUUUCCUGCUGGUCAGAGCUGUUGGAACGCUUGAGCCAGGUGAAAAGAAACCCCUCAUCAUAUGUUUUUGUCCAAGGGAGGAUAAAUGGUUCUUGGAAACUCUGGACAUCCAGGUGGGAAAGACCAACCUCACUCUCCGCCUCUCCGGGCAUGGGGUGGUGCCAAGCACUGAGUGCUCCGUGGGAGAGGUGCUGGACAUGGGAUACAUCAUGGCCAGGGACACGGUGACUGCCACAGUCAAGAUAGAGAACACUUCCAACCUGACCCUGCUGUUCUCUGUACAACUGGAGUCGCUCUCACCAACAUGGGACAGAGACAGGCAGAAAAUUCCAUCCUUUCUUACAUCCUCUAUGCAGAGAACAGAGAUUGUUGGAACACAGAACUAUAAUGGCUCCAGUGUGUUCAGUGUCUCUCCAACAGAAGGAAAAAUUGAGGCUGGGAAGACCCAGGAUUUUGUUGUUACUUUUAGUCCUGAUCAUGAAAGUCUCUACUACUCUGACUGUCUUAAGGUUCUGCUCUUUGGGAAGCAAACAGCCCACAAGAUCCACCUGAAGGGUGCAGCCCGGGAUCACCCCAUGUUUGUGGAGGGGGGAGUGCCCCUGGAUGUACCCAUGGAGUCCUUGGCUGUGACCUCACCUGUGGCACCACAGGAAGGAGGUAAAGAAAGGCCACAGGAAGCAGUGAGGUCCCUUCUCCUGCUCCUGGAGUACGUGGAGGGCUCAGCAGAGCCAGCCAGGGCAGAGAUCACCAUCGGCACCAUGCAAAGUCCUCUGCUGGCAGCCAAGAAGGCCGUGGAGUUUAGCCUGCACAGCGGCCCGGAGCUACAGCGGGUGGGGUUCAUGCUGGACGGCACGAGGGGAGCCCUGGAGCGCGGGCAGCUGCAGCAUAUCAGCGUCUCGUGGAUGCCACCUACCGACCUGCAGACCAGUGACCCCCUGCUUGUGUCAGCCCUCCUUACUGUGAAAGGUGACAUUACAGAAUCCUACCGAGUCCUGUUCAUGGCAAGAAUUGUGUCUGCACCUGCUCCCACUGAAUGAGGGAUCCAGG